ACAUCAGCUCUCCGCCGCCUGGACCUCCUGCGUACCCCUGCCAGCCUGCGCGAGACUGUGCAGACUACACCACGCGCUCGGGUCGGUGAGUGGCAGCGGCGUACAACGGUUGCACGCGCAUGCCGUUGAGAGGAGAGGACGUUCAGCGGGGAGAGAGACAAAAAGAGCCCGUCUGUCAGUGCUGGUCCCCCGGUGUGGAUGUGGAGACACCGCGGGGGGAGAGACAGAGACACAGAGACUGAGAGAGAGAGGACCGCGUCUGUGAAACUCUUCAUCUUCAGCCUGUGACCGGGCGCGUUUCACCGUCCUCUCCAGUUGCUGGUUUUAAGAUCUGGCCCUCAUCCUGGCCUGAGUGGACUGGUGCUUCCCCCUCAGUAAAGAGCACCAUGACCCAGGAGGGGCAGGCUCUGCCCUCUCCCACCCCACCAGAGAACCCAGCAGAGGCCAGUACAACCACCACCACUGACUCACCCACAGUGACCCCCAACCAGACAGAGCAGGACAAGCCAGGGGCCACGGCGAAGGACGAGACAGAGGACGGGAAACAAGAAGAGGAGAUCAGAGAAGCGGACGAGGAGGCACAGGCGGCGACGUGUGGGGAAGGAGAGAGGAGAGCAGAAGCAGAGGAGGGGGAGUUGAAAGAGGGGAGGUUAGAUGGCACUGGAGGUGAAGAUCAACAGACAGAAGGAGGGGUGGAGGGAGAGAGGGAAGGCACAAGAGUGGAAGGAUGUAUAAAUUCAGAGUUAAGCUCAACGGGACAAGAGGCACCACAUGAGGUGGAGGAGAUGAAAGAGGAAGAGGAGGGGAAAGAAACUGAAGAGAUGCAGCCUGCAUCAGAGGAGGCAACACACCCUCAACAAGCUGGGCGACUGGCCAACGGCAUAGGUGGGAAUGAAGAGGAGGAUGAAGCUGGUGAGGAGGAAGGAGGAGAUGAAGGAGGGACUCACACAAACUUGGAUGCUUUCAGCUCUAACUUUGAGAUGACUGUAGAACAGGCUGAUACAGAAGUGGAGGAAGAGGAGGAAGAGGUCCAGACAGAGGCAGAUGGAAGAGAAACCCAGGACAGUUUCAGCUCGGCGUUCGAGCAGAUUGUUGAGCAGGUUGAUGUUCAGGAGCAAGAAGAGGAGGAAGAGGACAGGGAGUUGGAGGAGGAGAGGGAGAAAGGUAGGGUAGACAACAAAGAUGGCUUCAGCUCCACAUUUGAGCGCAUCGUGGAGUCUGCCCUGCUGAGGGGGGGCACCUGCUACAGCAGUCUGGACUCUCUGGAUGUGUUGUCACUCACAGACGAGACAGACAGCUGUGUCAGCUUCGAAGCGCCACUGACCCCGCUCAUCCAACAGAGGGCGCUGUUACAGGGCCCUGAACCUUUGGAGCUGGAGCUGGAAACCGUUCAGGAGCAAGAAGGGGCUGAGGCUGGACCAGAUGCCCCAGGUUCCCAUGUGAACGCUGGAGAGAGCACUGUUCGUGGAGGUGGAGCUGUGGCAGCAGCAGGAGGAAGCCCACUGAGAACCACCAUACCAGGGAGCAGAUCAGAGUUUGUGCUGAGCCAGCCUGGACGCUGGGCUAUCCCUAAUGGAUACCAUGCAGACUCCCAGGGAGCCAUGGAGGGUUGUGGAGCCAUGAUCAACUCUCUCAGUGAUGCCAGCCUCACAGACGUCCUGUCUGACUCAGAGGAGUGUGAUUUGGGCAGUCUGGAGCGUUUGGAGCGCGGCAGCACCGACACACUGGCCAAUGGCUGCCGAGUCGACUAUGAGGCCGCCAAGAGGCUUGCCAAGCGCCUCUAUCACCUCGAGGGCUUUAAACGCUGCGACGUGGCCAGACACCUGGGCAAGAAUAAUGAGUUCAGCCAAUUGGUGGCUUCAGAGUACCUGAGUUUCUUUGACCUCUCUGGCCUGUCACUGGAUCGAGCCCUGAGAAACUUCUUAAAGGCCUUUCCACUGAUGGGAGAGACCCAAGAGAGAGAGAGGGUCCUGGUCCACUUCUCCAGACGCUUCUGCCACUGCAACCCACAGACAUCCUCCUCAGAAGAUGGAGCCCACACAUUAACCUGUGCUCUGAUGCUGCUUAACACUGACCUACAUGGACAUAACAUUGGGAAGAAGAUGUCCUGCCAACAGUUUAUCAGUAACCUAGACGGCCUCAACAACGGCAAAGACUUUCCCAAAGACUUAUUAAAGGUUUUAUAUAACUCCAUCAAGAAUGAGAAGCUUGAGUGGGCAGUCGAGGAGGAAGAGCUGAGGAAGAGCCUGUCAGAGCUGGUGGAGGAGCAAUGCGAGGGCGGGAGUAAACGUGUUACCAGGGUAACGGACGGCAAUAACCCUUUCAUCGCAAUCCCUAUUCUCUUGAACGCUGUCACCUACAAACAUGGAGUGCUAAACCGCAAGAGCCAUGCUGACAUGGAUGGCAAACGCACCCCGAGGGGUCGCCGUGGUUGGAAGAAGUUCUAUGCGGUCCUGAAAGGGAUGAUCUUAUAUCUCCAGAAGGAUGAGUACAAACCAGAUGCUGACAUUUCAGAGGUGGACCUGAAGAACGCAGUGCGAAUCCAUCACUCUUUAGCCACUCGUGCCACUGACUACAGCAAGAGGGCCAACGUACUGAAGCUAAAAACGUCAGACUGGAGAGUGUAUCUGCUGCAGGCCCCGAGUGAGGAGGAGAUGAUGUCCUGGAUCUUCCGGAUAAACCUGGUGGCAGCGCUGUUCUCAGCCCCAGCCUUCCCUGCUGCCAUUGGCUCCAUGAAGAAAUUCUGUCGGCCCAUCCUGCCAUCUUCAUCCACCAGACUCAACCAGGAGGAGCAGCUGCUGAGUCACGAGAACAAGCUGAAGCAGAUGAGCCUGGAGCUGGAGGAGCACCGAAAAAACACUCCCUCAGUUGACCCCAAAAGCCGGGAGUGGGAGGAGCACCGGCUCAAAGAGCACUACCUAACAUACGAGAAGACUCGCUAUGAGACGUACAUCAGCCUCUUGCAGGCCAAAAUUCGUGCUGAGACGGACGACCUGGAGAAGAUAGAGGCGAGCGUGAUGGGUGGCAUGUUCAUGGAGGGCGGCCUGGCUGGCCGCGAGUGCCUCCUCCGCAAGACACAGUCCUCCCCGUCCAUCAGCCAGGCUCACAGCGGACUGAACGGGAGAGCCGCUGAAUGCACUACCCCAGGACAGAGGAGCUGAGGGGAGGGAGGAGCAUGAGACGCCACGGUCCACAAACGCAACGUCCGUCUAAGCCAAACUACAGUAGUUUAAUAACUCCUUACUGGGUUCUUUGUUAGUGUUCCUCCCGUUGUACUUACAGUAAGAGAGAGUGGGCAGGAGCAGGAGAAACAUCUGUCACUGCCCCUCCCAGAAUUUAUCAACCCCGGUGAUAUGUUUCUGUCUUUGAGCAAUAGAUGAAGAGGAUGAAGAACCCAACCCCCGCUACCCAAUGAGUGACCCUGUCAAACCUCAGUUCUUUGAACUUUUAUUAUUGCACAUUUAAUCGAUCAUAACUGUGAUCUCGCAACCUUCAUCAGUAUUAUUUUUAAAAACUCUAAGCGAUGCAGCUGUCUUUCGUUGACACUUGUUCGUUAUGAGCAGAAGUUUGAGUAUUUUAUUAUGUAUUAGUUAAAGGCCAGAAAGGUAACAAAGAGAAAGACGGCUUUCUGUCCUGUCCUUUAUCAGACAGAGACUGACAUGGACAAGGUGGACAUGGUACUACUGUAGCAUUUUGGCCUUUUUCCCACCUAUGUAAAAACACCCAGCCACUCACAGGCGUAUGUAUGGACCUAGAAGUGUGUGAAGACACAACAUAUCUGUUCCUGGAGUUACGAAAAAACUCUUAAGAGAACUUCUCAGAAGGAUCGAGUCUCUGCCAUGUAUAGCAUAUUUAUUUAUUUAUUUAAUUAUCCUUUAUUCUGCCCAGGGAGAGUUCACACAGAGUGGCCAUUCCAUUGCCACAGUCAUACAGUUACAUACAGUAAAUCCCUAUACAUUUAGGAGCUACCACAUAAAUCCAUGGUUUUAACUGAGCUUCUCCACCAGAGAAACUGGAGGUUGAGUGCCUUACCCAAGGGCACCUCGGCACUAGCUGUUGAGGGAUUUCAAACGUGUCACACAGAGAGAACACAAGUCCGCUUACGUAAUUUUUGGCUACCGCUGCCCCCAAUACUGAAACGUAUCCAAUAAUUCUGCUCUGAAAAACCUAAAAAUUACGUGAAUGAAUGAAAGCACUGUGUCAUUUACCUUACACACGUCUGUUCUUGUCGCAGCUGAUACAUAACAACAUAAGGCUGGGUGUGAGGUUUCUAAAGAUUGAUGUGAAGGGCAGAACAGGAACGUGUGGGUGAGAGGUAUACAGUUUGAGUGGGUGAUAUUGUGUGUGUGUGUGCGCUUGCUUUUUACAGUAGAUGAGAUUUUUUAGCUGUAGGCGACAGGAAGAAGUAAAUAUAGCAGGGUCAUGUCUGAAUGAAGAAUUUAUUUAGCAUGUUCGGUCAGAAACCGUCCACUGGUCUUAUUCUGCUGAAUGAGACUGCCGUCAAAUCCAGGCCUGGAUCUCUCAAAAGCGUCUUCAGCACAAAGGCAGCCGUCAUGAGCCUCCCCAUGCACACAGCUGUGCAGACGUGCAGUUGUUUGCACAUUUGUACAUUCACUGCACGUAAU